UUUUCCUCGGGGGUAUUAGGUUGAGUUUUGUUUUAGAAAAUUGAUGUGCCUAAAGUAAUAAAUAAUUUUCGUUAAAAUAUACUAGUGAAAAUAUUCUUAAAAACAUAAAUAGCGUUCUGUGAUGUAAAAACCGCUACAAUUUUUAGGAAGAUAUUCUGUAAAAACUGUUUACGGACUUUAAAACAUACCUAUGUCAAAUGACAAAUGGUAUUGCGAGACAUGGAAGGACUGUUAAGAAAUCCAGAGAUUAGAUUAAUGAUUAGGAAUGUUGCAGUGUUCAGCUCCUUAUUUCUCGUUGCAAGGUGGCAUUAGAGACUUUUAAUGAUUGGUUUUUUUCUAUGUGACAAAGUUAUCUGUAUUUCAUGAAUUUGUUUUGAGGUGUAUCUUCCGUUUGGUUUCAGAUGUAAAGAUUAAUAAAUUUAAGUGGACGAUUAGAAUCUUCUUUUGGAGUUUGACUCAUGCCUCAGUUCCAGGCAGGAAAAUAUUUGUGAUUACAGUCUACUGUAUUCCCUCUUUUUUUUUUUUUUUCUUUUUUUUGAAUUUGAUUAUUCACACUGGAGAGGAAUGUUAUAUAUAUAACGUUUGUAAGAAAACAUUUAAUUUUAAAAGCCAUUUUAAGAGUCGUAUGCAACUUCACACAGAAGAAAAACUGCAUAUUUGUGUAGUUUGAAAGAACACUUUUUAACUGUCAAGUUAUUUUGAUGAUUUGGUGCAUAAAUUGUCAAUUUUUUUAUUCCAAAAAUGAAAGUUUGCCUCUCAAUCAAAAAAAAAAAAAAAAAGCUGCGCACUUUGAACUUAAUCUCUAUCCUUUGAAACCUUCAGUAAAGUCCUGCCAUCUUUUGAAUUGAAGCAAACAUAACCUUCUCACGAUAUAUAUUUGGGUAUAACAAAACGAUGCACUAAAAAAAGGUUAGCCCGAGUAAUGUUCGGGCUUGACAUUUUGGAAUACUAGUCCUGUGCCCGAGGCUAUUUCGGGCAUGACAGUUAAAAGGUUAAUGAAAAGGGGCAUUUACACAACCACACGAAUUCACACUGGAGAAAAAGCACAUAUUUCUGAAGUUUGUAAAAAGAUAUUUACUUAGAAGGCUCAUUUAAACAACUAUAUGCACAUUAACAUGGGAGAGAAAUCUCAUAUGUGUGAAGUAUGUACGAAGUCAUUUAAUUUAAAAAAUAAUUUAAACAGGCAUAUGCUUAUUCACACAGGAGAGAAACCUCAUAUUUGUGAAGUAUGUAAGAAGGCAUUUAGUGAAAAGGGCUUUUUAAAUGACCAUAUGCGCAUUCACACAGGAGAAAAACCUUAUAUGUGUGAAGUAUGUAAGAAGAAGUUUAGUCAAAGGGGUAUUUUAUACCACCAUAUGCUUAUUCACACUGGUGAGAAACCUCAUGUGUGUGAACUAUGCAAGAGCUCAUUAAAUUCAAAAAGUGAUUUUAAAAGGCAUAUGCGCAUUCAUACAGGAGAGAAACCUUAUAUGUGUGAAGUAUGUAAGAAAUCUUUUAAUCAAAAAGCAGUUUUAAACAUGCAUAUGCGUAUUCACACAGGAGAGAAACCUUAUAUGUGUGAUGUAUGUAAGAAAUCAUUUAAUCGAAAAACUCAUUUAAACUACCAUAUGCGCAUUCACACAGGAGAAAAACCUUAUAUGUGUGAAGUAUGUAAGAAAAAGUUUAGUCAGAGGGGUAAUUUAUACCACCAUAUGCUUAUUCACACUGAUGAGAAACCUAAUGUGUGUGAACUAUGCAAGAGCUCAUUAAAUUCAAAAAGUGAUUUUAAAAGGCAUAUGCGCAUUCAUACAGGAGAGAAACCGUAUAUGUGUGAAGUAUGCAAGAAGACGUUUGCUCAAAAGGGUAAAUUAAAGAGCCAUAUGCGCAUUCACACGGGAGAGAAACCUUAUAUGUGUGAAGUAUGUAAGAAGACAUUUACUAAAAAGGGCACUUUAAAUUACCAUAUGCUCAUUCACACAGGAGAGAAACCUCAUAUGUGUGAAGUAUGUAAGAAGACGUUUGCUCAAAAGGGCAAUUUAAAGAACCAUAGGCGCAUUCACACAGGAGAAAAACCUUAUAUGUGUGAAGUAUGUAAGAAGACUUUUAGUGAUAGUUGCAGUUUAAAGAACCAUAUGCGCAUUCACACAGGAGAAAAACCUUAUAUGUGUGAAGUAUGUAAAAAGCCGUUUAGACAUAAUUGCAGUUUAAACAACCAUAUGCGCUUUCACACAGGAGAGAAACCUUAUAUGUGUGAAGUAUGUAAGAAGACGUUUAGUAAAAAGUGCAAUUUAAACGACCAUAUGUGCAUUCACAAACCAAAGAAACCACAUAUAUGUGAAGUAUGAAAGAAAUCAUUUAAUUGAAAAAGUGAUUUAAACAGGCAUAUGCCCAUUCACAUAGGAGAGAAACCACAUAUGUCUGAAAUAUGUAGGAAGAUGUUUACUGAAGUGUGUAAUUUAAGCAAGCACAUGGCUUUUCACACUGGAAAGAAAAUUUGUGUGUGAUAUACAUAAACAUUCAUUAAGUGUUUUCCAUAAAGCAUUUAAAUGUGGAUAUCAACAUAGGAGGCAAAUAUUAUGAGUUAUGUGUGUAACAAGUCAUAUUAGGGCAAUGAAGAAUUUGAAGAAACAUAUCUCUAUUCUAGAAGAAAAGAAACCUUCUGUCUUUGGAGCAUGUAUUACAAAUGACUUUUAUUUACCUAUGCUGUAAGCAUUUGUCUCUACAGGUUAUAAACCUCAUAAUGUAAUUCUAGUAAUAAUAUUUAAUUCUCAUAAUGUUGAUUCUAGAUUUUCUUGCAGGAUAACAGAAUGUAGGUACAGCAAAUGUCUUAAGAGUUUAGAGAGGCAAAUCCAAAUAGCAUAAAACCUACUGUUGACAGUUUGGGAGGAACGUGUGUUCUGAUUUGAUGAAAUUAAUUAUAAAUGAUUCAUUAGUUUUCACAAAACAAAAUAUUUUUAUAUGAUAAUUAGUGUUCAGUGUUUAUAUCUCCUGCAUAUUGGUCCUUUUGGAGAUAAACCUUUGUCGCCAAGGUAGAUCCGGCUUCGAGGAUCGGAAAAUGGCGGAUUGUCAGCAAAACCCGUUAAGAAUAUCUAUACUAACUAACAAUUCUAAAAAAAUAAGCUUGUCAUUAGAAUACUGCAAAAAAAAAAAAAAAAAAAAAAAAAAAAAAAAAAA